ACAAAACAUUCCAAAAUCCAGGAGAUGACAUUUGAAUUCCAUUAGCAAUACAAGAAGGUCUUACUUCUGAGAUCCACACAGGCUACAGCGUAGUAUUGUUAGUUUAGAAUAGUGCAAACUACAGAGGGUACUGAUAGAGACAGCUUAGCGGUGUAAUAAACUAUGACUCUGAAGACCAGAGUUUGAAUCCUGGCUUGGCCAUGGAAACCCACUGGGUGGCCUUGGGCAAGUCACAUUCUCUCAGCUUGAGGAUGGCAAUAGCAAACCUGCUCUGAAGAAACUUAGCAAGAAAUCCCCAUAGUGGCCCUCCUUAGGGUCACAAGUCAGAAAUUACUUGAAGGCAUACAACUACAAACAGAAGGUGCCUGGCUGCAGAAUGUUUCUUCAGUAUUCUUCCAUCAUAUGUGAAGGCAACUAGCCAAAUGAAGAUUCAGGAUGCCUCUCUCAUCCCAGAAUAAAUGGAUAGGGGUCUCAGAAAGACUAUCUUUGGGGCUGCACUGCCUCUUCUUUGCUUCCCAGCAUCUGCUACCUGAAGCUGUUGCCACACACUCUUGCAAGCUUCCUGGCCUAACAUGGAACAUUUGAAACUGCCUUUCAGAAAUUGAAUAAUACACAUUGGUUUCACUAAAGGAAUGCAAGCAAGCAAGCAAGUCAAGCAUUAUGCAAAUCUGAUUUCCCAGUUGCAUUUCCCCCCCCCCCCAAAAAAAGGCAUGUACAAGUAGUGACAAGUGGUAUACUUGAAAACCAAAGGCCUCACCUACUCUCUUCUUCUGUAAGCUGACACUUUCCAGUGCUGUGAUCUAGAAGAGCAUUUCCUCACCCUACGUCAUGAGCUGUGGGUAUUCCCAGAGGCUAUGAUGCAAUGGGGUGAGUGGGAAGGAAAGGAAGCAUGCAAAGACAUAUCUGCCCAGCUGUGGUGCGGUCACAUCCACAACAAGAGUGGCAUGCUCGAUAUAAGCUCCAUCUUCACAGCCUGGUGGCUUUAAAACGAUGGAAAUCUUUCUCAGAACUCUGUACUUCUCCCUCAUUAUUCUCUCCUGUGAUGGAGAAGGUGAAUUUCACAAUCCAAAGACCUAUCUUUCCAGCCCCUCCAGUGAUCACACUUUAAAUCAUUCUUCAGAACCUGACCAAUCAACACUAAGACCAAGUUCACAUUUCUUGAAAAAUGAUGUGGAAAACAUGACCAGGAGGAUGACAGAACAUUCCAGCACUCUUGAAAAUUCAAGUCUGCAGCAAAACCAGAGCUCUAAACUAGAUUCAGUGUCCACUUUAUCUAAUAGGCUAGCAAAGGAACCAUCACUUCAGACAUUCUCGGAAGUCAAGGUAGAUUCAUCAAAGGAUCAUUCAUUACAGGGUGCAAUAAUGUCUCCUGAACCAGCCAAGGAGAAUUUACAUGAGCAUCCAAUGUCCAAGUGGAAGGCUGUGGGUCAUGAAAGGUACAAUGACACAUCUUUGCCUUCAAUAGCAAUGAUGGCAACAGGCUGUGCAAUCCCAGUGAAUGGGGCAUUAGAUCUAUCAAACAGAAACCUGUCUGAGAAUGAACUGAGGAGGAAAAUGGAUUCCAGACCUUGCCAAGUUACACUGGACAAAAUUGAAGAGUUUAAUGCCAGCUAUAAUAACCUGGAAAUGGAUCUCACAACCCUAAUUUCACUGCUCCUUAAAAUGAAGAACGUGCAUGCUAUUGAUCUGAGUUGUAACAAAAUAACUGCAAAUUCUAUAUGUGUAAAAGAGAUGUAUAGACUGGAGAAUAGCACACUCUUGUUUUUAAACCUUAGCCACAAUCCUCUUAAAACUUUGAAAAACCUCUGUCUCCCCCCAAGCCUUAAAAGCAUUGAUUUAUCUUUCACUCAGAUCAAUGAAAUACCUCAAUGGUUUGCCACAACAUUUGCAUAUAUAGAAGAGAUGUAUGUCCAAGGAAACCGUUUUAUAUACAACGCAGCAUCACUUGGAUCUGUGAAGUUAAAAUUUCCCAAUUUCCACCACUCAGCUGUUUCAUAUAUUGAUUUCCCAAAGCGCACUCCCAUUGAAAGCCUCCCCAAGGAUGUAAAGCAUCUAGUAAUGUCAAACUGUUCCAUUGUAGAACUUCCAGAAUGGUUUGCAAAGAAAAUGGAAAGACUUUUACUUCUAGACCUCAGCAAUAAUCCCAUGAAUACAUUCCCCAAUUUGCCAACAUCUUUGCAAUGCCUGGAUUUAAGCAAUGGUAAUAUCGAAAGUAUGACAAGCCUUAACUUUUUCUCCAAUUUAACAGUAGUUAAAAUUCAGAACAAUAAAAUAGAAGAUAUUUCGCCAAGGCAUCUUCCCAAGUCACUAGAAGAAUUUGAUAUUAGUAAAAAUAAAAUACGUCAGUUCCCUUUCCUUGGUACACACCAAAAAUUAGAAGCUCUUAAUAUUUCUGGCAAUUUCAUAAUGCAGUUGAACUUCAGCACAAUAUACUCUUCUCUCAGCAACCUAGAUGCAAGUCAUAAUUUAAUUACAGAGUUAUAUGAUCAGACGGGCAAAUUUCUGCCUGAAUUGAAGUGUCUGAAUUUGUCAGGAAACAAGAUCUCCUUUUUGCAACCGGGGUCCUUGCCUGAAUCUUUGCUUGAGUUGGAUAUAAGCAACAAUGCCAUUACCAUCAUCAUGAAGGAGACCUUUGGCCGUUUGAUAAACCUGAAAGUUCUAUCUGUUCAAGGGAAACAUUUUUUCUGUAACUGCGACUUAUAUUGGUUUGCAAACACAUAUCUUGCUAGCCCAGCUAUACAGAUACAUGGCCAAAAUGCCCUGAAGUGCAGCUUCCCACCUUCAAAGCGAGGUAUUUUGGUGGAAAACAGCAACCUAACAAUAUUGCACUGUUCUGUUGGCCUUCAAAUGGGUAUUACAGCAUGCAUGGCCAUCUUGGUUAUGUCCAUCACCACAGCCCUCUGCUGGCGUUUCCAUGGCCCCUGGUAUAUUAAGAUGGGCUGGUACUGGUGCAUGGCUAAGCGGAAACAAUAUGAGGAAGCAGAAGACAAACUCUACGAUGCCUUUGUUUCAUACAGUGAAAAUGAUGCACCCUGGACAAAAGAGGUCCUGCUAGAAAAUCUGGAAACAAAUGGGUUUAAAGUAUGUUACCAUGAGAGGGACUUCAUGCCAGGACACCCAGUUCUUGGGAACAUCUUCUAUUGCAUUGAGAACAGCCAUAAAGUGCUUUUUGUGUUGUCGCCCAGCUUUGUCAACAGUUGCUGGUGCCAGUACGAGCUAUACUUUGCUGAACAUCGGGUCCUUAAUGAAAAUCAAGAUUCUCUCAUUAUGGUGGUGCUGGAAGACCUGCCACCCAAUAGCAUCCCACAGAGAUUCAGCAAGCUUAGGAAGCUGUUAAAAAAGAAAACCUAUUUGAAAUGGAGCCCAGAGGAACACAAGCAAAAACUCUUCUGGUGCCAGUUGAAAGCUGUCCUGAGAACAACCAAUGAGCCAGUGGUGCGGACAAAAGACAAUGAGAUGCAGCAACCAAUGGAUGGGAUGCAUUUGAGACUGAAACUCCACGAACAAGGAGUAUGACCAUUUAUUUUAUAGGAUGUUUCUUGCUAAUGUAAGGUUUGGACCAUUUUUCUCUGGACUAUAAAGGCAAGUAGAGGUUAAACAUACAUUAGCGCAUGAACAAUGAACAGAGAAAAUCUUACCAUUUCUAAUGGCCAGUUUCUAGAAGAGCCAUUUUGAAGCAUCAUCAUAACGAAUCAGAGCUUGGAAAAUUUACUUUUUAUGACUAUAGUUCUCACUGACCCUUCUACCUUCUGCAGCCCAAAUAAGUAGGAGAGCCAGUAUGGUGUUGUGGUAUGAGUGUUGGAUAGAAGUCUAGAGACUACAGUUCAAAUCCCCACUCAGCCAUGGAAACUCCCGGGGUGGCCUUUGGGCAAGUUACACUCUCUCGGCCUCAGAGGAAGGCAAUGGCAAAUCUCUUCUGAACAAACUUUGCCAAGGCUUGAUAGGUUUGCCUUAGGGUUGCCAUAAGAUGGAAAUGACUUGAAGGUACAGAACAAUACCCCAAAAGUAACUAGGUUCUGUGUCCAAUCAUUCAGAAGCAUCAUACUGAUUCUUUUUUUUACUAGGGCCACUUUCUGUGUUUACUCAUAUCACUGCUACUAGAUGGCAUUGAAUCUCAAGAGAAUGAAUCUCUUUUUGACUUGCUAAUGGAACAUUUUUUUAAAAGUCAUGAAAUACACACAAGGCCAGAAAGAGGAAGGGCAGGCCUGCAUGAAUGUCCCCCCCAACACCUAAACUGAGAACAGCAGCAUCUUAAAAAUGCAGGCUUGUGACUAAUAUUGUCAUAAUUUUUCUUUUUCCUGUGUGAUUUCUAACAUUUUUGCCUGAUGAAGAAGCUGGUGGAGGUUUGAAAGUUUGCAAAAUGUAUUUUGUGCAUUUUGGUCAGCUGAUUUGUGGAUUUGGGAUGUUAUUGUAGAUGACACUGAUGCAGUCUUAUUGGCUGAAUUGUUUCUUACCUAAGGAUGUUUUUGUCUGUAUGGAAUACUGUGAAUUUUGGGCUACUUUAAAAAUAGAUGUAAUAGCUCAUUGUUUAAUGUUCCAACAAUUCCUAUGGUGAC